UUAGAAUCUAACGGUAGAGCUGGAACACUGGAGAGCUGUAGACUCACCAUGCCGGAGCUGACUGCGAAGGGCGCGGCUCUCUCCAAGAAAGGUUUCAAGAAGGCAGUGACCAAAGUUCAGAAAAAGGAAGGCAAAAAGCGUAGGAGAUCUCGCAAAGAGAGCUACUCCAUAUACAUUUACAAGGUGUUGAAGCAGGUGCACCCCGACACCGGCAUCUCGUCCAAGGCCAUGAGCAUCAUGAAUUCUUUUGUCUCUGACAUCUUCGAGCGCAUCGCGGGCGAGGCGUCGCGCCUGGCGCAUUACAGCAAGCGCUCGACCAUCACGUCGCGGGAGAUCCAGACGGCCGUGCGCCUGCUGCUGCCCGGCGAGCUGGCCAAGCACGCCGUGUCUGAGGGCACCAAGGCCGUCACCAAGUACACCAGCGCCAAGUGAACUUGCGUAGGAAGUGUCUUCAGAAGGUAACCCAAAGGCUCUUUUCAGAGCCACCAA